AUUGAUGAACUCAUCUGUUAAACCCUAUCUUCCCUCCAAGAAACCAUUUCUUUGACGAGCUCUAUCUCCUUCUCCAAGUCUCUGAGAUGGGUUGCUGUUGUUCAUUGGAUUGCUUUGUCUACUUCGUCCUCUCUAUUGCUCUAGCUUUCAUGGCCGUCUCCACCACUCUACCUCCACCUCCAGAUUCCAACAUCACAAAACCUAACGUCAGACCCCUUUCUCAUCGUGAUCCUCUCUCUUUAAACGCUUCACAAGCUUUACGUCAAUCCAACUUCAAAGCAAUCUCCACUCUCCUCCACAUCUCCCCUGAGAUCUUCCUCUCUUCUUCUUCUCCCAACACCACCCUAUUCGCUAUUGACGACUCUUCCUUGUUCAACACGUCAUCUCUCCCUCCUCUGUUUCUGAAACAGCUUCUUCAGUAUCACACGCUCCCGCUAAGGCUUCCGAUGAAGGACCUCUUAGAGAAGCCUCAAGGAACCUGUCUCCCUACCCUUCUCCGUCACAAGAGCGUCCAGAUCUCCACCGUUGACAAAGAAUCAAGAACCGCAGAAGUUAAUCAUGUCAUGAUCUCACAUCCGGACAUGUUUCUUGGAGAUUCUUUGGUUAUUCACGGAGUUCUUGGACCCUUCUCACCUCUUCAACCUCACAUGGAUCAUAUCCCCCAUUCAUCUUUAUGUCAAUCUGAUACAAACAAAACCAUUCUAGAAGAAGAAGAAGAAGCUGUCCCGGUUAAGAUAGACUGGACUCGGAUCAUUCAGCUGCUAAGUUCAAACGGGUUUGUGCCAUUUGCAAUCGGAUUGCACUCUGUUCUCAACAGGAUCAUCGCAGAUCAACACAAGAACUUGACCGGAAUAACCAUUCUAGCUACACCGAGUCUGGUCUCACUGUCAUCUGCCUCUCCGUUGCUCUAUGAAGUCAUGAGACGUCACAUUAUUGCUCAACGGCUAACCAACAAAGAAGUCGCUUCAAUGCCUGAUAAAGCGUUACUCAAGACACUGGAUCCUUACCAAGAUCUCAUAAUCACCAGAACAAGUGUAGUUAACUCAUCAUCACAGCGUUUGAUGAUCUCUGGAGUAGAGAUUGUAGCUCCAGAUAUGUUCUCUUCUUCCAACUUUGUAAUCCAUGGGAUAUCUCACACACUCUAAAGAUCCCACGUGCAUAAUUCACCAUGUCUCUUGUUGUUUCCCUUGUAAAUAAAUAGAGACAUCCAUGUAUUAAUUCACCAUCUGUUUGCUAUUUUUUAGAUCAUCCUUAGUCUCUUUUUAUUUUUGGUAAGCUAUAUCAUCCUUAGUCUUGACAUCACAAACUUGGAUCUCUUGUCUCAGGUUUGUAGAUCCAAGUUUACAUGUAUAAAAUUUUAUGAUGAAAAAUAUAAAUUUAUUUUAUUCA